CUCUGCAGCGCACUCACAAAGGCAGACCCAAAUCGAAAUGUCCCUCUCCCUGACCUCAUCGCAUUACCUUGUCUUCCUGAUCCUCCUACCUCUGCUCCUCCUCCUACCCCUCAUCUACCUGCUGUACCAGCGCCAUGACCGUCCCUGCAAGAAACUGCAGCCUCGUGGGGAAGAUGACCUCAAGUCCUACCCACUCCUCGGGAGGCUCCCCCACCUGGUCAAGAACCAGCACCGCCUGCUCGAAUGGUCGGUCCAUGUCGCGAGGCGAAGCCCGACGCACACCGCAACCUUCAAAGCCGCCGGCCUGCCCGGCGUUGUCAUCACCACCAACCACGAGAACCUCGAGCACAUAGCCAAGACAAGCUUCGCCAACUACCCCAAGGGCGACUACUUGCUGUCCACGAUCAGGGACCUGCUCGGCCACGGCCUCUUCAACUCCGACGGCGACCAGUGGCUGUGGCAGCGCAAGGCCGCCAGCUACGAGUUCAGCAAGCGCUCGCUGAGGAAGUUCAUCGCCGACACCGUCCGGUCCGAGGUCGUCGGCCGGCUUCUGCCGCUGCUGGAACAGGCCGCCGCCGGGCGGCGCACGCUGGACAUGCAGCGCGUCUUCGAGUGCUUCGCGUUCGACAACAUCUGCCACGUGGCCUUCGGCGAGGACCCGGCGUGCCUCGGCGCCAUGGAGGGCACGGCGGCGACGCCGCCGCCGGCUUCCGUGGAGUUCAUGCGCGCCUUCGACGACGUUCAGAACGCCAUGGUUCUCCGUUUCCGGCCGCCGGAGAGCAUGCUGUGGCGUCUGAAGAGGAUGCUCGGCAUCGGGUCCGAGAGGCAGGUCCGUCUGGCGCUCGACGUCGUCCGCGGCUACGCCGACACGAUCGUCCGGAGGUGCCGGGAGAGAGGGGGGAGCAGCAGGGGCGACUUCCUGGCGCACUUGGUCGCCGCUCGCGGGGAUGAUCUCAGCCAGGAGAGCCUCCGGGACGUCGUCACCAACUUCCUCCUCGCCGGGCGCGACACGACGUCCUCCGCGCUGACAUGGUUCUUCUGGCUGGUCUCCGGCCGGCCGGACGUCGAGGACAAGAUCGUGCGUGAGGUCCGCGCGCUAAGAUCCUCAUCCAUCCAUGGUGGUGGCGGCGGCGGCGGCACGGGCACGGCGACGACGACGGCGACGUUCAGCUUGGACGAGCUCCGGGAGAUGCACUACAUCCACGCCGCCAUCACCGAGUCGAUGCGGCUGUACCCGCCGGUGGGCAUGGGGAUGCACUGCAGCAAGCGGGACGACCGCCUGCCGGACGGCACGUUCGUGGGGAAAGGGUGGGUGGUGAACCACUCCAUGUACGCCAUGGCGCGGCUGGAGAGCUUGUGGGGCGAGGACUGCGAGGAGUUCAGGCCGGAGAGGUGGCUCCGGGAAGACGGCACGUUCCAGCCGGAGAGCCCGGCGAAGUACCCGGUGUUCCAUGUGGGGCCAAGGAUGUGCCUCGGCAAGGAGAUGGCCUACAUCCAGAUGAAGUCCAUCGUGUCCUCCGUCUUCGAGAGGUUCAGCUUCCGGUUCCUUGGCGGUGAGGAGCGCCCCGGGCUAGACUUGUCCUUCACGCUGCGGAUGAAAGGCGGUUUGCCGAUGCAAGUGACCAAGCGGCCGGCCGGAACCAGCUGAGAAGCUGCUGUAACCUCCGUUUGAAAUUAUAGUUUGUUUAACUAUUUUUAUUC